GCCCAUGAAAAGGAUCUUGGCUCUGCUGCUGCUACAACUGUGUUGUCACUUCCACUCUGGGAGCUGUGGAAAGGUGCUGGUAUGGCCGAUGGAAUUCAGCCACUGGAUGAAUAUACAGGUCAUAUUAGAGGAACUUAUCCGGAGGGGACAUGAGGUGACAGUCCUGAGACCUUCAUGUUUUAUUUUUGUUGAUGUUAACACAACAUCUGAAAUUAAAUUUGAAACAUUUCAUACAUCUUUCACUAGAGACUACUGGGAAAAAAUUUUCACUGACUUGGUUACCACGUGGUUAAAUACUGGGUCAGUGGAUACAUGUUUGGAUUAUUUUCCAGAAGUAGAAAAAUUGUUCAAACAUUUUUCUGAUGAAUGGGAGAAUGUAUGUAAAGAACUAGUCUCAAACAAAAAAUUUAUGAAAAACUUACAAGAAUCAAGGUUUGAUAUCCUUCUGGCAGAUGCCGUUGGCCCCUGUGGUGAGCUGGUGGCUGAGAUACUACACAUCCCUUUUGUGUACAGUCUUCGCUUCUCUCCUGGCUUCCAAGCGGAAAAAAGAGCUGGAGGGCUUCUACUUCCUCCUUCUUAUGUACCUGUCAUCAUGUCAGGGUUAAGUGGUGAAAUGACUUUCAUGGAAAGGGUCAAAAACAUGAUAUGCAUGCUUUAUUUUGACUUUUGGUUUGAAACUUUUGAUGAGAAAAGGUGGGACAAGCUUUACAGUGAAAUUUUAGGAAAACCCUCUACAUUAUAUGAGACAAUGAGCAAGGCAGACAUGUGGCUUAUUCGAAGCUACUGGGACAUGGAAUUUCCUCAUCCGUCUUUACCAAACUUUGAUUAUAUUGGAGGACUCCACUGCAAACCUGCCAAACCUCUACCUAAGGAAAUGGAAGAGUUUGUGCAGAGCUCUGGAGAACAUGGUAUUGUAGUGUUUUCUUUGGGAUCAAUGAUAAGAAACAUGACUGAUGAGAAAGCCAAUUUGAUUGCUUCAGCCCUUGGACAGAUUCCACAAAAGGUACUUUGGAGAUUUGAUGGCAAGAAACCAGAUACCUUAGGAGCCAACACUCGGUUGUACAAGUGGAUCCCCCAGAAUGACCUACUUGGUCAUCCAAAAACCAGAGCUUUUAUAACUCACGGAGGAGCCAACGGAAUUUAUGAAGCAAUCUACCAUGGAAUCCCGAUGGUGGGCCUUCCCUUGUUUGGGGAACAAUAUGAUAACAUUGCUCACAUGAAAGCUAAAGGAGCAGCUAUGAAACUAGAAUUCAACUCACUAUCAAGUACAGAUUUGUUAAAUGCACUGAAGACAGUCAUUAACAACCCUUCCUAUAAGGAGAAUGCUAUGUGGUUAUCAACUAUUCACCAUGAUCAACCAAUGAAGCCCCUGGACCGAGCAGUCUUCUGGAUUGAGUAUGUCAUGCAACAUAAAGGUGCCAAGCACCUGCGACCACUUGCCCAUAACCUCACCUGGUACCAGUACCACUCUCUGGAUGUGAUUGGCUUUCUACUGGCUUGUGUAGCUGCCAUUACUUUCCUUAUCAUAAAAUGUUGCUUGUUUUGUUUUCAAAAGUUUAUGGAGACAGGAAAGAAGAAAAAAAGGGAGUAGAGCUUUUUCAGCUGAUUGGCAUUAGAAGUGUGACAAUUUCAUUUACCUCCACCUCCAUGGGCAGAGUCAUGACAAGAUGGUCCUCAGCAGUUUACAAGUCCUUUGCCUCCCUUCCUACAUAUUGCAAUCUGGAUUGAGUACUGUGUGAUUCAAAGUUCAACAUUCCUAUAAUAAUUCAAUUUGUGUUGACAUACGUUUUGUUUUCAAUAUUAAAUAAAUGAGUCUUACUGAAAC